AUGGAAGAUCAAAACUUCAACUUACUUUGUCGACAUUUACCAGCAUUGGCUUUCCUUCCGGUUUCCAAAGUCAAUGAAAGUUGGAAACUGCUUAAAACUGAAUUUUCGAAUGAUGAAAGGGAACAAAAAUUAAUAGAUUACUUCGAAACAACAUAUGUUAUUGGUAAAUCAGUGAGACUCCGCGGGCGAAAUCCACAAGUAAAACCCCCGUUAUAUCCACCAGAAAUAUGGUCAGUAGCUCAACGAGUUGAAUAUGAAUUGCCACGCACUACUAAUAUCACUGAAUCUUGGCAUAGUCGUUUAAAUAGGUUGAUAUCGAAACAUCCAGGUACUUAUAAAUUCAUAACACUUCUUCAAAAAAUGCAGAACGAGAACGAAAGUUUAAUUGAACAAUUUAUUCAAGGCAGAAUUGCAAAAAAAAUAAAGGUAUCCCGACAACAACAUGAAGAUAGAAUUAAAAAUUUAGUUUUAAGAUUUAAAAAUAGUAAUCAAAAUAACAUUGAGUUUUUAAGAGGCAUUGCGUACAAUUUAAACUUUUAA